GCAAUCUGCUCAUAAUUUUAAAAGCUAACUACCUUGCUGUAUGUAAAUAACUACCCUUAGUUGAUUCAGCAAAUGGGGCAGUGAAUCAACAUGUAAAGCUAAGGCUCCUGUUUGCUUUAGAAGAAAAUAACAAUCACUGUUUUGAUGAAUGAAAUGGACAGUGAUUUCCUGCAACAGCACAGAAUCUUCAAAGUUUCAAAGUAAAUUUAUUAUCAAAGUACAUGUAUGUCAGCUCUUUCUACCUGACUCUGCUCUGAGAUGCUCGGUGCUUCGAUUGAAGCUAAGGCCAAAUCCCAGCCAUCGACUAGCACCAUCUAACCCGCCAUGGCAUCCACAUCCGAGCUGGCCUGCAUCCACAGCACUCUCAUCCUUCACGACGAUGAGGUCACCGUGACCGAGGACAAGCUCAAUGCCCUCAUCGAGACAGCUGGAAUUAAUGUCGAGCCUUUCUGGCCCAGUCUGUUUGCUGAGGCUUUGGCAAACAUUGACAUUAAUAGUCUGAUCUGUAGUGUUGGUGCUGGUGGCGGAGGAGGUGUUGCUGCCCCUGCUGCGGAAGAGAAAAAGGAAGAGAAGAAACAGAAAGGAUCUGAGGAGUCUGAUGAUGACAUGGGCUUUGGUCUCUUUGAUUAAGUGCCAUGAAGUAUUUGUUACAAACAAACAAACAAACAAAUAAAUACCCAAAAGAAGUACAUAUACGUAAACUAUAGGAAUUCGGCAGAUGCUGGAAA